AUGACAGCGAAUAUCUUCGAUUGCUCGGUCUACGUGACGCUUCACAACAAGACCAAGGAGACGCUAUACAACGAUCCCGGGCGCACGACAUCCUCCCAUGGCGACUGGUUCAAUGUCCCCUCCACGAUCGCCGCUGGCGCCACCGCCAAGUUCAAGCUCUCGGACCGGGGUGGAUGGUACGGCUCUGCCGGGAGCUUCGACUUCAUCGUCCGCGACAAGGACAACAAGCAGCGCGCUAAUAUGUACACAUCUGAGGCGUGCCCUUGGCCGAGCGGCUCGAAUCAAGUUCGCUACGACCCGCCCACUCCCCAGGCGCUGUACUCGGUAUACUUCGACGCCAGCGUCGACGGCGGUCGCCGCACGCGGAACUGGGUCGAGAGCAGCGGGCAUCCUAUCAGCGUGGAGUACACCAUCGAGUACCAGCCGAAGCGCUACCGGUUCACGCUCGAGACCAUCACCGCCGUGUCAGCGCAUCCCGUGCGCAACUCCAACGACAGCCUCGUCGUCGAUAAGCACGUCCUCUGGGACAGCCACGUACCUGAUAAGUACAAGGACGGUACCCAUGGCUCGUAUGCGCCGAACAUCUUCGCGUAUGACUUCAAAUCGCGCGUCUCUGAUGCUGGCCACCUUGACGUGACUGUCCGGCCCCUCGAUAUAGAGCUCUCUGGUGCGGAAGUCAUCCUCUACGGCUCGGUCGACGGGAAGCGCGUCCUGCAGACCGACUAUUUCGUCCUGAAGGCACUCGCGCCCAUUACUGUGCAGGCGCACGUCGUCUCUCCCGCGACCAGUAGUAGGCCCUUCGCUUGGAACUCCGACGUCGAUUGGCACAUGGAGCUUCGCCUCUCCGCGCAGGUGGUGGAAGCCACCGGUCCGUCCACAACCCGGCUGGAGCUGUACUGGAUCGCGCAGACAAUCCACCGCGCAUUCCAGAAUGGCAUACCAGUCGGCUUUCUGCGAGACGUGCUGAAGAAGGCAUCACCGUCUUUGGCGGACAGCUGCGUCGAGGUUGGCCAGGUGGACGCUGUAUCUUCCGAGUUCUACAAAGACAUGACGCGCCAGUGCUUCUUUGACUGGCAGAAGAUGUACGACACGGCUGGUGGAGCAUCUGCGUGCGGCAUGGGUUUCUGGGGCGGCAUCUUCUACGAGUCGUACUAUCGCGCCGCCGACGAGUCCGGUGUCCCGGGAACGCUCGCCAAGCGCAUCAACUGUAUGGAUCAGGCCGCCAUGCUGACGAUGCAGUGCAGUCUGCUCGGCGGCUUCCCCUCGACUAGCUGGCUUGGACAGAACCCGUUCGGCUUCAUCAAGCGCACUAAUCUCGUCGGCAUCCGCGACGAGGUCGGAUACCUCGCCAUCGUCAACAACCCCUUCUUCGGCACUGAGCUGCGCUAUGCGAACGUCGUGGACAACUAUCGCGAUCGCACGUACUUUGGCUGUCACGUUUACGUCGGGCACUCCAAGCCGUUCAAGAAAGACACUGAUGGUAUUUACGACGCGUGCGGCGGCCCGCAUCGGGGAGAGGAGACGGCGACAGAGUAUGUUGCGGCUAGCAUCGACACGGCCACCAACCUCUACCAGGUUCGCGGCAUCCAUCCUGGUACCGUGGACAACAUCCAGAUGGGUGACGGUGUGACUGGGAUAAACGGGCAGCACUACGUCCACGCGGCGGCGUCCAACUCCCUCGUCCGUCCCAUGGAGGUGUUCAACAAGCUCGUCACUACCUCUUCGUCGUCCGACGCAUCCGGCAUCAGCCAUGUCAACUGGGCGCACCUCCCGGGCUGGCUUGCUUCAGUUCUUGGCGAAGACUGGAGCCUGCGCUUCAACAGCGUCAACGCCGCGGAUGGGUGCGCGCGAGCCUUAUUCCACCUCGUCGCUCCGACUCCCGGCGAGUCCAUCCGGGUCAGCGUGUCCGUGCACACUGUCGCAGCCGAUGGUGGAGUUGUUGACGUGAAGCGCUCUGCCGCCGCCGCCGUGGACCGCGUCAUCGAUAUCCUCGGGAGCACCGACCGCGACCCGGAGACGCUGUGGGUACGGGGCGAGCUGGACGAGUUCGGCGAUUGGUCCCUGCAGUAUGGCGCAGACGUCGGCGCUGGGCGCAUCCUUGUUGGUGCGGGGAACACGGUCGUAGACUUCGCUGGCAUGGCGUCGACGACGGCGCUCGAGGAACACGUGCGACGCCUUCUGCACCACGUCGUACGACGCGAUGCGCCUCCGCUCAGGAUGCCGGUGUUGCGCAGGGGUCGCCUUGUAUCCUCCGAACUCGUCCACGAGGCGGCGGACCUGCAGGAGGCUCAAGCGGUGUCGGUGCAAGUCGAAGGGGUGGGGACUAGCUUUGUGCUAUACUUCGAGGUCGACGGCCUCCUUGCCACCGCUGGGGCGACAUGCGAGUCCGGCGCGCUGCUCCUCGACAAGUACGCCAUCGAGCAGGAUCGCUUCGCGGGCGAGGACGCGGGCAAGCACGCGGCUCACUUCACGUUUGUCACGCGGGAGCUAGGCGUACAUCAUGUUCGCGUCCAUGUCGCGGAUGCGGAGACGAUGGUGACGACCACCCACCGCGUCGAAGUCAAUGUCGUCUGA